GAAAUGAACCGACGGAUUUUCCAAGGAAAGCUCCCCAAGGAUUUGAUUAUCGGAUGGAGCACUCGGCUCAACACGACGGCGGGAGUGACAAUAUUCAAGAGAAACAAGAAUGGAGGAGGGAUCCAUGGUUUCGAUGUGCACGUCGAGCUCUCCACAAAAGUCAUCGACGACACGGAGAAGUUACGGCAGACCCUCUGCCACGAGCUCUGCCAUGUCGCCGCCUGGGUCGUCAACGGCACAAGAAAACCUCCGCAUGGCAAGGCCUUCAAGUACUGGGCGAGCAUCUCGGCUGCCAGGUAUCCUGGGAUCAAGGUUACGACUUGCCACAACUACGAGAUCGCCUACAAGUAUCGCUAUCAGUGCGUGCUGUGUCACAAGGAGUAUGGAAGGCAUUCCAAGUCAAUCAACGUAGAGACUGCGAGAUGCGGCGUGUGCCGAGGCACCCUCAUGCUACUGCCGAAGCUCAAGGCAGACGGGACGCCAUGCGCUGGUGAUGGGGACGGAGGGAGGAGGGGAGGAUGA